ACCGGCGUCUGGCUGAAAUAAAAUCGAAAUUAUAUUUAUUUCAUUAUUAUCAUUUGCAUUGGAAAACGCGCGUAGUGUGCAGUUGUAGAUUGUUUAUUACACUUUCUAAAAAUAAAAGUCACUAUAUUUUUGUUAUUCUGCAAUUUUCUCUGAAAUAAAUUUUUAUUUUAUUUUCAAGUAAGAAAACUGCUUCAGACAAGUUGAAACAAAAACAAGCAUGAAACGUCAAAGUGUAGGAAUUAGAAGGGGAAGUGGAGAAUCUCGAUCUCAAAUCAAUGAAACUAAACGACUCAAAGUUGCUCAUUCUCAUGAAGAUAAUUUUCAAAAUAAUGAAUUAGAAGCAGGUUCUGGAAGUGAUAGCACUGAAGAAUAUAUUAACAUUAAUGGACAAGACAAGAAUUUAAAAUAUUCUAUGAUGGUUGAAGAAAAUUCUCCGGCUCAAAAAUUUUCAGAAAUUAAUCAUGAAAGUCUCCUCCAUGCCUCUGUUUCAACUACUGAAGAAUCAUCUACAGCUGGUUAUCAUGUAAAUGGUAAAUAUAGUGAAGAAAAUGAAAUGCCUGUUUUGAUGCCAGAAGAUACAUCAAAUAAAACAUUUGCCAAUGGUUCCGAGGAAAUUGCUGAUGAAGAAAAUUUUUCUGUCAUCAGUCAUUCAAAUAUUGUUGCUUCUAGUAAUAUUUCAAAGCUUCCGGAAAAUACAGUUGCCGAAACUAAUGGAAUGCUUCAAGAAAACGUUUUAAGUCCUAUUACUAACAAACAGACAAAAACUCAGAUAAAUGCAGACAAGUCUGAAUUUAAUUGUCCAGCUUCUGAAAAUAUGGAACAACAAAAUUGUGAGGCAGAUGUUCAAGACUCCUCUCCAUUAACUGAAACAAGUCAUUGUUCUAAUGAAAACCCAGUAGAUAAUAUUUCUAUUCCUACAGAUGACCAAAAGGGAUCUUGCUCUUCAAGUUAUCAGGAAUCAGAUAUUCAAAGUAUGGAUGAAAAAGUGGCAACUGUGUCAAAAGUGUCAUUUGAUGUGGAAAACAUUACACUUUGUCAGCUACAAGUAACACUACUAGAAGGUCAUGCUGAUGUUGUUUUCGGUGUAGAUGCAGAUGAAGAUUUUGUUCUUUCAUCAAGUGGCGAUACAACUGUGAAGGUUUGGAAUGUUGAAGAUAAAAAGGAAAUCAGUAAUUUUGCUGGUCAUAAUGCUGCUGUGACUUCUGUGAUCCUUCUAAGUUCAGAAGAAUCAGAAACUCUGAGAUCUAAGUUAAAUUGCUUUCAGACUUCAAGAAUUGCUGUGAGUGCUUCCUAUGAUUGUCAUAUCCGUCUCUGGUCAGUAUUAGAUGGGCAUGAAAUUUUAUCCAUGUAUACAUUUAACAGUAUUAUGUGUAUGGACUAUUUGAAGGACCACAAUUAUGUUGUAGUAGGAACUGAAGGUGGAAAGUUGGAGGUUUGGGACUUGCAUUUGGCAAAACUAGUUCAUUUUGUGUAUGCUCAUGAUUCUUCUGUUUCAAGCUUAAAGAUUCAUGAUUGCUAUGUUUAUUCUUCAUCAAAAGAUGGAACUGUUAAAGUUUGGCUGUUUGAUGAAGAAGAACUUCAACCAUUAUAUACUAGAAGACGUAAGGAAAUUAUUCCGGGCACAUCAGACUUUGGUCCUACACAGUGGCAAGCGGUAGCUGUUCAUAAUGAUGUACUUUUCCUUGGUGAUAAUACAUCGUGUUUAAAAACAUUAGAUUGGAGAAUUGGACGUUUGAGACUGCAUUUGAAUCAACCAGAUGCUUGUGGAGUGUGUGAAGCUGUUUUAGUAAAAGACAACAUUUUACUUACUUCCUUUUUUGAUGUUAGCAGUGAUACCGGUGGCAUAAAUGUAUGGAAACUGCCUGAAAUGAUUUAUGUUGGUACUUUAACUGGUGAUCUCCAGGAAAUUUGUAGUUUGGCAUUAGUUCGAUCUAAACAAAAAUUACGAAUUGUCAGUGGUGGACAUCAACUUGUUGUCUGGGAUUUUGAUUUUUCGAAACCUCCGCAAAAAGGCUUACAAGAUCCUUUCUUUGUGUGUGAAGCUGAUAAAAUUGGUUCUGAAGUCAAUGAAGUUGAAAUGCUUUCGCCUACAAAAGCAGUUGCCACACCAAAAGAAGAAAAUACUGCUAACAAAAAGUCUUGGUGCAAUAUAUCAUGAAUUGAUUUUGUUAAUUAACAAUAUUUGGGAAAUUUUAUGAACAUUUCAAGAUUUUAGAAAGUCAUUUCAUUACAGCAUUUUAACUUAUGGUUUUAGUUUUUUUAAACUUUUAAGAAUCACAUUGGAAUGUUUUAUAUCCCUAAUGUUCAGAGAGUUGUAAAUAAUCUGGGAUGAAACAUAAUCUACAACAUGCAUCUUUUAAAAUAUAACUGUUUUUCAAACACAUCCUGUGGCUGUCUAGAUUCAUCAUAGUAUGUUUUCUAUCCAUCAAUCCAUUAUCCAUAGUACAUACUGUGCCUAUAUAGUACUGCUGGGAAUACAUAAGCUUAGUUGCAAUUCUUGAGCAAUAAACAUUUGAAUCGUAUAUCUUGCCAAUAGGAAGUUAAAAAUGUGUUAUCAGAACUUGAUAAAGCAAAAUCAUAUUUAAAUUCCUUGUAUUUGAGUAGUUGUGAGUCUGUUGUGGUAUUGUAGACUAUAAGCGUAAAUGAUGCUUUUGCAUACCUAUUCUUGUAGUUUCAAGGAAUGAAAUAAUAUGUGUGGUUGCAACUUGUUUGCUAUGUUAGAUGGCUGUAAGUCAGACUUGUGUGUGUGUUUUUUUUCUGUGUAAGAAUGGUUUUUAAUAGUUUACUUUGGCUCAAGCCAUGUACAAGUCUGACUGUUAUUUAUGGUUGAAAGGGUUAAAUCAUUUUAUAAAACUUCUUUAUUAUGACAACGAAUGACAAUUUCAUGAAUAAAUGUGCUUGAUGAUGAAACAGGCUUAUUUUGUUUGUAAUGUUUUAAUUAUAAGUUGCGUAUGGAAUAUAUUUUGACAACUAUUGUAUUGUGAUAGUGGAUAAUGUUAAAACCAAAAUAAUUGUAUUAUCAAAGGUGUGUUUUAUUUUAUAGAUAUUAUUCUUCAUGUGUAAUACUUUAUUGAUAACAAAUAGAUUAGCAUUUUAAUUUCCCCUGUAAUCGGAUUGUUAAUUUUUAUGAAUGUUCGAAAUAUUGUUUAUAAAUGUAUCCGGAUGAAGGUGCUACUUUAUAAUGUUAUUUGUUUGCUAUCAGUUUGAAAGUUUAGCUGUGAAUUGUAAUAAUUUUUCUCUAGUUUUUGUUCUUACUUCUGAAAGUUUAUUUUAUAAUUGUGACUAUAAAUGCACUGUAAGAUUUACAUUAAGCUUAUUUACUUAUUAAAAAAUAAUAAGUUUAUUUGAAAGACUAUUGUUUAUAUAAAAAUUUUAUUAUCAUUGUUGGUCUAAACUUGUCUCUAAUGGUCCUUUAAAAUAUUGUUUCAGAUUAGUCUAGUUGUUGUUACAACUUUGGAUUUUUUAUAAUGAUUUGUUUGACAUAUACAGUAGCUGCUGCUUAAUGUAAUAACUUUGGGACUUAAGAAAUAUGAUAACAUCAUCCAGUUGAUAACAAUGAUUAAAUUGAGUAAAAUUAACCAUAUUUUUAUUCCAUCAAGGAAAAGGAAAAAAUACUGAAAAGGGAGAAAAUACUUAUCUCGGGGCUAUUUAAUUUUUUUCUUCAAAAAUAUGAAAUCAAAAAUUACAUAAACAGUUUAUACUUGUAGUGUUUAAAAUUUUUUUUUCAAGCAAUGCUGUGAACACUGGAUUUAAAAAUAUAUAGUUGUUAGCUUAACUUGGAGCAUUCGUUGUAGAAUUUUUCACUAAGAUUUAUCCUUGUCAAAAUCACUAUUUAUUACUUAGUCCCACUGCAAGGAUCUUCCCAUUUUUGUCAAAUUUUACAAAGAGUCAUUGAAAUUUUCAACUGCACUGUAGCACUGCUUCCACUCAUUUUAGGUUGGACUUUCAUGACUCUUAGGGAUUUCAGUUUUGAUCUUGAAAAAAGAAUGUAAAUCCCAUCCCAUGGGAAAAAUGAUUUGAAGACGUUUCCUUAUAAUUGGAACAAAAAAAAUUUUAUUAACAUUCAGAAACAUUGUUGAAGGUAAAGAGCAAUCAUUUCUUUACUUCGAAUCAUAUGACAUUAAAUAGUGUGAUCACAUUAAAUAAAUGUGUUUAUGUACAUUUGAAUAUGUCAGUUUGGCUUCAGGAUUUUGAUAAUCUAAAAGAGAAUGAUAUGCAAACACAUUAAGCAGUAUCUAUUGUGUUAAGUUACUCUUAAUAAAACGUGUUGCUAACUGUUAGAAAUGUUUUUUUUAUAUGUAUGUGUAAUAAUUCCUUUGCCCCUUAGUAUUUUAUUUGCCUAAGUAUUUUUUUUUUUAACUAUUUGUGUGUGAAAAUAUACUCUUGUUUUAAUUUCUAGUGUUAAAUGUGUAACUGCUAAAAAAGUAGUCAUUUAUUUAAAAUAAGUCACUAAUGGAUUAUUUUCUAUUGAUUAAUUAAAAUUUUUCUUUGUCUGAAAAAGUUUGAAUUAGUUCUUAUGUAAACUGUUUGAGAAACAUUGCUUCAUGAGGGUAGAUUUCCCUUGGUGUUUUUAUUCUUUUUGCAUUUUUAACUGUCUCAUGUUAUUUUUGCUAAACUUGUGGUGUUCAUUUGUUGUUUGUAGUUGUUCCUUAUUUUGUGAUUAUAUGAUAAUUAUUUAGUUUUGUACAAAUAGGGGAUAUGAAGCUUUCGAAAUCAGGUUUAAUUCAAUUUAAAACAAAGUUUGGAAAAGGUUCAAUCUUUAUAAAAUAUAACUUAGAAAAUAUUCAUAUAAAAAUUGUGUAAGCAAUGUGUAGCUUAUAUUAUUAAAAUACUCCCCCCCCCCCCCCGCUCCACACAUUAAUUUAUUGAAUGGUAAAAAAUCAUUUACAUUUCUUUGUGAAAAAAAAAAUUCAAAACUUUUUAAGUAUUCUUCAUUUUUAAUUAAUGAAUGUCAUUUAACAGAUGAUAAAUAAGCAAUAUUGAUUGCUUUUCGUUUAAUUUGUGUGUUUUGUAUAUUAAGAUUGUUUUUUGUGAAAUUCACUAAUGAAAAGCUCAAUUUGUAAUCUGUUGAAGAUGCAAGCAAUUAUAUCAUUACAUUUUGGUUAGAAAGAAUUUGUUUUUUGGUUAAAAGUUAUAUGAAUGAGCAAUAAAGAGGUGAUUUAAUAAAGUUGCUUAUGAAAUUUAAAUCGUGAUAAAUUGUUAAUGUAUAAUUCAAUGUGUUUUUUUAAUUAGAUUUUGAUGUAUGACUUCCA